CACUUGAGGAGACGAACUCAAAAGAAUGGGAGCCGAGACAGACUGCCAUUGUGACUGUGAGUAGCAAUGUGAACCGCCGUGUCCCAACUCCCAAAUAUUGAAUCAGAAAACCACACAAGUCUGCUACUCCGCCACCGUCACCGUCGCCGUCGCAACGCUGCCUCGCUCUGGAAAGUCACAGGCAGCACAGCAGUCGCAAUACGGCAACGGCAGACUCGAAUUCGAAGAGAGCCAAACUCCCAGCUCAUAACAUGCCCCCAGCAAUCCGACGCUUUUGUAGCUGUAGAUGAAGAAUCUAACGAUAACUCCUCAACUUCAAAUCCUUCAGAAACAACUCAUAAAACGCCCAAGAUAUUUCAAGCUGCCGUCCUCAUAUUUCCAUGGGCACCACGUGCUCGACGAAAUACCAAGCCGACCAAAUGUCUCUGUUCACCGUUUCAUGCUCAAUCUCAUGAACCAAAACCGCAAGUGCGAAGCACUUUAUGUUUUCAAGAAUCAUCUACAGGCGGAUCUUUCCGUAGUUAAUGAAGUUGCGCUCGCGCUUGCUUCGAAGGCUUGUGUUGGGCACCCAAGAAUUGGGCGUCAAAUCCAUGGUUUUGCAGUGGUUUCUGGUUUUAUGGCCAGUGUUUCUGUGUGUAAUUCUUUGAUGAACAUGUACUGUAAGUCGUGGAAUUUGCGGACGGCUUUGUGUAUUUUUGGGAAUUUGAAGAACCCUGAUAGUGUUUCUUACAAUACAGUGCUAUCAGGGUUUGAAGACAACGAAAGUGCACUCCUUUUUGCUCGUGAGAUGUAUUCAGCUGGGAUUGCUUUUGAUUCGAGAACUUUUACUAGUGCUCUUGCCCAUUGUGCAGAUGGUGAGAAAUUUGAUUUCGGGUUUCAAUUGCAUUGUCUUGUUUCGAAGUUAGGUUUUGAGACGGAGAAUUUUACUGGGAAUGCGCUAAUUACAUUGUAUUCGAAAUGUGGAAAAGUUGAUGAUGCUAAAAGGGUAUUCAGUGAAAUGCCCCACAAAGAUUUGGUUUCAUGGAACGCUAUUCUUUCCGGCUAUGCUCAGGAGGGCAAUAAUGGAUUUGGAGUCAUUAAGGGAUUUGUUGAGAUGGUGAUGGAAGGCUUCAAGCUUGAUCAUGUCUCAUUUACAAGUGUGGUUGCAGCUUGUGGUCAUGAGAGAAACCUCGAUUUUGGUAGGCAGGUACAUGCUUUGUCAGUGAAAAGAGGAUACGGUAAUCAUGUCAAGGUUUGUAAUGUUCUCAUGUCUAUGUAUUCUAAAUGCGAAACUGUUGAAGAUGCAGUAGUUGUCUUUGAGAAUAUUAUUGACCGUAAUGUAGUGUCUUGGACAACAAUGAUCUCUAUAGAUGAAGAGGAUGCUAUGAAGUUAUUCAAGGAGAUGAUGCAAGAUGAAAUAUGGCCGAAUGAUGUUACAUUCAUUGGGUUGAUUCAUGCGAUAACAAAACACAAUAUGAUGCAAGAAGGCUUAAUGGUGCAUGCGUUCUGUAUGAAGUCAAACUUCCUUUCCGAAACUAGUGUGGCAAAUAGUUUCAUAACCAUGUAUGGCAAGUUUCAGAUGAUAGAAGACUGCAUUAAGGUUUUUGAGCAGAUUGAUGCUAGAGAAAUCAUAUCAUGGAAUUCUCUAAUAUCUGCUUAUUCUCUGAAUGGCAUGUACCAGAGAGCUUUACAAGUAUUCUCGACAGCUUCUAAAGAAUUAACACCAAACCCUUAUACAUUUGGUGCUGUCUUACAUGCAAUAGCUUCAUCUGAAUCGAUUUCUCUUAGGCAGGGCCAACGAUGCCAUGGCUUUAUGAAGAAACUUGGAUUGGAUAGUGAUCCAAUCGUCUCUGGUGCACUUCUUGACAUGUAUGCAAAACGGGGGAGCAUUGUUGAAUCUGAGAAGAUAUUUUUUGAGUUGACAAAGAAAACCCAAGUUGCUUGGACAACUAUAAUCUCUGCCUACUCAAGGCAUGGGGACUACGAAAAAGUGAUGAAGUAUUUUAAGGCAAUGGAGAUGGAAGGCGUUAGGCCUGACUCCAUUACAUUUCUUUCCAUUUUGACAUCAUGCAGUCGCAAUGGGAUGGUUGAUGUAGGACGUGAAAUUUUUGAUUCAAUGAUUUAUGAUCAUUCUGUGGAACCGUCAGCUGAGCAUUAUUCUUGUAUUGUGGAUAUGUUGGGUCGGGCAGGGAAGCUGAAAGAAGCUGAAGAACUUCUGAGCCAGAUCCCGGGAGGACCUGGAAUAUCUGUCCUACAAAGCCUACUUGGGGCUUGUAGGAUUUAUGGAGAUGUAGAGAUGGCAACUAGGGUUGCUGAUACUUUGAUUGAAAUGGAGCCUAGUGAAUCGGGUUCUUACGUUCUUAUGUCUAACUUGUUCGCUGAGAAGGGGAAGUGGGAAAAGGUUGCGAAAAUUAGGACAAUGAUGAGACAGAGAAAAGUGAUCAAAGAAGUAGGAUUUAGUUGGGCAGAUGUAGGCAACAUUGACAACUCAAUUGAUAUGCAUGGAUUUUCAUCUGGAGACAAGUCACAUCGUCUGUCUAAAGAAAUCUAUGAAAUGGCUGACUUGCUAGGAUCAGAGAUGAAACGAAGAACAAGACGCUAUGAGAUGUUCAUAUAACAUUAACAGAUAUAUCAGUUAUUCAUACUAAGAAUGUAAAAGGAAGGAUUAUUGAAAUUUGUGGUAUUAGAUUUUCUACUCACUGAUUGGGGAUGAGCUUCUUUGGAACAAUACACAAGGAAUAGUAUGCUACCUAAUCAGGUAUAUUACUAGUAUAUAAGAGAAGAAUAAAUCAUCACUUGCAUCCUCCGGCCGAGCAUUAUUAUUCACCACACUUUAGGGAGCAAUUUACUAAUGAAGCAGGGGCAUGCUUUUGACCUUAACAUCCCCUUACACGUCUGGUUUCCUACAGUAACUUAUUUAUUGUAUGUGAAGGUCUUUAGUGACAGUGAAGGUGUUCACUUAGCAGGACAUGUUACAAUAUCAGUGGUAGCAUUUUGUCGAGUACUCCAAUAUUCUUACCAAAUUGACUCACAUUCAAUCACAAAAUCUUUUAAAGUCUUUCUUGUAUUACUUGUAUGGGAGAUGACCAUAAUUGUGGUUCAAGCAAUGAGAGUCUGAUGAGAAAAUCUUGGCUUCUCGUCAAGCAUAUAUUACUUUGACUGCUUGAUGGCCUUGGAUAUUACCAUCUUUUAGUUUGUUUUUUGCUUGGUUGUAAACCUGCACAUCAACAUUUCAUUAUAUUUGUAUUUUAGGGUGAGAAGGUUGUAUUCAUCACUUCUUUGGCCAUGCACUCAGAGUUCAAAUGAAUAAGUAAGAUCAUGAUUUGAGUCGUACGUUUA